CCACAGCUUGCAAGCUCUGCUAACCGGGGCCAUUUCUCUGACCCUGAUGUUUGUCUGUACAUGGUUUCCAAAAGGGUCCUCGGGGGAUCUCUGCCAAAGGCCAGGAGCACAGGUGGACAUUUGCUGGGGACAAGGGUUUGCUGGAGAACAGUUCUCAAGCAGCCACAACAUGGGAGGCCCAGGUGAAAAGGAGAACAAUGGCGUUGCUUAACAAGGUCAGAAAGCGAACAGAAAAAGCCCCAAGCCCAGUCGACACCAGGCAGUUCUUGGAGCAAGAGGUGGCCGUGAACAUCAACCACCCAAGCAAGAAACAGCAACAGAGGAGCCUGGAGGAUCUGAGGUGGGGCCAUCUGGAGGAAGAAGGGCAUGCAGGAGGACCCAGACAACCACGAGGACUUUACACAUCCCGCAGACACGCUGCACCUCUUGAAGAAAACACCUUUUUGCAGGGCAAGAAGAUCAAGCCCCAUUCCAAACAUCCAGUGCAGAGAGUGUGCCCCACACCAGUUAGAGAGGAGGCACCAGGAGAAGAGCUGAAACCAGCGCCACCAGGCCAGGCCAAGCUGGAAGUCCCGAAAGCCUUCAAAGAAAGGGAAGCAGAACCUCAGUUCCUGUGGGAGAAUUCUUUCCUGAAGGGACAAGCAAGGGUUUUGGACCAGGAUCUGCUGGCAGAAGCCAAACCCCAGCUCCUACACAGGAGGAAGAUGCAGGCCUUGGAAGUGCUGGCCAAAUCUCAUGAUAAAGAAUUCUGUGUGGUCAACACCAUACAGCUGUCUUUUCAGGACAGCAAACUGGGUUCUUCAGGAAGAAACAUAGCGAGGCAUAAGUGGCAGCCCUGGGAGGAAGGUUGGGACCUCACGAUCCAGGGGACCCCAGUCGUUCUUGCAGUUCGGGCACAUACUUACAUCCCUCAGGGAUCAAAAGACCAGUGUGUUCCAAAGACUAGGCUGAGCUUGUCAGUAGGUAAAUCGAGUAUUAUCUAUUCAUAACUGUUGCGUAUCCUAUGAGGUUGGCUUAUGUGUGGGUAGAUGUGAAACUCAUUGUAAGCAGUGCAGCUCAGGUGGAAAGGGAUGCUGGGAGUCGGGAGCCAAGGAGUACCACAAAGUAAGUGCAGCAGCUCGUAGCUCUGCUCCAGGGAAAGGUUUCCCCAA